CCCUCUUUCCGCGCUGUGAGUUCCCGGGUCAAAACUGUUUAAACUGUCUCUCACGGUCCGCCUUGUCAGUGUCUGACGGAGUUUUACUGCGAAGAAGCGGCUUUACUGCAGACAUGAAGAGAAACCACAACUACAGUUCCUCUGAAAGCGACCUGGACGACAACGUUGAAGUGGAGAAAGACAGUGGCGAUGAAAAUGGUCCACUUGACUUUCACGGAUCAAUGUCACCGUCCACAACCACACAAGUUCAGGCCAGAAAGAGGCGCAGAGGGAUAAUUGAGAAAAGGAGACGUGACCGGAUUAAUAACAGUCUGUCUGAACUAAGAAGACUGGUACCAAGUGCUUUUGAAAAACAGGGGUCAGCUAAAUUGGAAAAAGCAGAAAUUUUGCAAAUGACGGUGGAUCACCUGAAGAUGCUUCAUGCUGCAAGCGGAAAAGGGUACUUUGAGGCUCACGCGCUUGCUAAGGAUUACCGCAGCCUGGGCUUCAGGGAGUGUCUGGCAGAGACGGCCCGCUACCUGAGCGUGGUAGAGGGUCGAGACACCACGGACUCCCUCCGAGUGCGAUUAGUGUCCCAUCUCAGCAACUGUGCCUCUCAGAGGGAAGUGCACUCUGGACUGGAACACUUAGCCUGGGGCUCUGCAUACGGCACCGCCCCCACCCAUCUCCCCCACCACCUUCUUCUGCAGCACCCUCAGGGCAGGACACCUGCACCCAAAAGCAACAGCACCCCACCCUUGACUUCCUCCUCCUCCUCUUCUUCAUCCUCCCCUUCGUCCAUUGACGGAUCUGGGCAAUCCAGACUUGGUGUCAUGCCCCACACAGAAUCCACCAGGGUGCCGCCUGGCGGCUCCUUACCUUUCAGUCUGCCUUUGGCAACAUCUAAGCUUUCGCCGCCACUCGUGUCAUCCCUGUCCUCACUUUCCUCUUUCCCUCUCGCCUUCGGUGCUUUUCCUCUCGUCUCACCCGGAGUCGCCAGCACAGUGACUCCCCUCUCCGCCACGUCGAAACCUUACAGACCCUGGGGUAUGGAGAUUGGCGCUUUCUGACACAAAGCCGUGCACUGAAGCUGUUGAGGUGUUUCCCCCCCUACCAGAUGGACUUAUUUUUACAGCAAUAAUCAAGGGAAUGAAGCUAAGUAGUUUGGAAAGAUUUUUACUCAAUAUGCCAUUUAUUUUUCAAAAGAAUAGAAUUUAAAGUCAAGUGAAAUAAAAACAUGUCUAGGUAGCCUGCAUUGCCUUCAGGUUGAGGACCGAGCAUGGAACAGUAGUACUUUUGAGCAAAAAUGGAACUGUUAAACGUUAUGGAUCAAUCAUGGAAGCUUGUACCUUAGUCAAAGACACAUUUCAGCAUUUAGAAUAGUCGCUUGAUUCAAUCUGCUUUUUUUUUUAUUUUCCAUGUCAAACCUUUGCAAUAAAAAAACAAAAAUGGCAGGAGAUCUAAGGUUUAAGAAUGUAAGACUUACAUUUGUGUAUCUGUUCAUACCAAUAAAUUGAGUUUAAAUGUUAAAAA